AGCUUCUGUACUAGAACAAAUUCCUCGUAUGUGAAAACAUUCAUGGCGAUAAAGAUCUUUCUGAUUCUGAUUCCAAAAUCUAUUGUAAAUGCACAUGCAGUACGUAGGAUAUAACAAUCUGGCAACCCGUAACACCAUAAUGGCGUCCAUCACAGACCUGAAGAGCGCACUGAAGGAGACGUUGGAGGUGAGAGGCGUGCUCACACAGCUCAGAGCCAGGAUGAGGGCCGAGGUGUUCAGGGCGUUAGAUGAUCCGAGUGAGCGACGCCCCGAGCCGAGCCGAGAGACGCUGCUGAUUAAUGAACUGAUCCGAGAGUACCUGAAGUUCAACAAGUAUCAUCACACAGAGUCUGUCCUCAUUGCAGAGUCAGGGCAGCAGGAUGUUCCGCUGGAUCGAACAUUUAUCGCCAAUGAACUGAACAUUGUAGAAGAGCCGAGCAACAGGACACUUCCUCUGCUAUAUGGAGUCAUCUCUCACUUCCUGAAUGAGAAUGGAGCAUGAAAGGAAGAAAAACGGACAGAGCCAGACGUCACAUGGCAACAAGGAGUCACAUGGCAACAGGAAGUCACAUGGCAACAAGGAGUCACAUGGCAACAGGAAGUCACAUGGCAACAAGGAGUCACAUGAUAACUGGUCAACACCAUUAAAUUAUUAUUUACUUGCUGAAGUACCACAAGCUCCAUGAGUGUUUAGAUGUUUUAUAUUUCUGUAUGUUACCAAAAAUAAAACAAUUUCUUACUA